UCUUGAACACCGCCCCUGCUCGCGCAAAGCAUUGUGGGACGGACGCCGGCAGAAAGCUUCUCGAAAAAACUGCUGCAAAGAUGAUGCCCACACCAGUGAUCCUGCUGAAGGAGGGGACAGACACUUCCCAGGGUGUCCCCCAGCUCAUCAGCAACAUCAAUGCCUGCCAGGUGAUUGCUGAGGCAGUGAGAACCACCCUGGGGCCCCGCGGCAUGGACAAGCUAAUGGUGGACGAUCGAGGCAAAGCCACAAUCUCCAACGACGGAGCCACCAUCCUCAAACUGCUGGACGUGGUGCACCCGGCUGCCAAGACCUUGGUGGACAUCGCCCGCUCGCAGGACGCAGAGGUGGGUGAUGGCACCACCUCAGUCACCCUCCUGGCCGCUGAGUUCCUGAAGCAGCUGAAGCCGUAUGUGGAGGAGGGGCUGCACCCUCAGACCAUCAUCAGAGCCUUCCGCACCGCCACAGGCCUGGCAGUCAGCAAGAUCAGGGAGAUUGCGGUGUCGGUCAAGAAGGAUGACAAACAGGAGCAGAGGCUGCUGCUGGAGAAGUGUGCAGCCACAGCUCUCAACUCCAAGCUCAUCGCUGGACAGAAGGACUUCUUCUCCAAGAUGGUGGUAGAUGCUGUUAUGUCUCUAGAUGAGCUGCUGCCGCUCAAGAUGAUCGGCAUUAAGAAGGUCCAGGGAGGAGCUCUGGAGGACUCCCAACUGGUGCUUGGAGUUGCCUUCAAGAAGACCUUCUCGUACGCUGGCUUUGAGAUGCAGCCCAAACGCUACGAGAACCCAAAGAUCGGUCUGCUCAAUGUGGAGCUGGAGCUGAAGGCUGAGAAGGACAAUGCAGAAGUCAGAGUCAAGUCCGUGGAGGACUACCAGGCCAUUGUAGAUGCAGAGUGGAACAUCCUGUAUGACAAACUGGAGAAGAUCUACCAGUCUGGUGCCAAAGUGGUGUUGUCCAAGCUGCCCAUUGGAGACGUAGCCACACAGUACUUUGCUGACAGAGACCUGUUCUGUGCAGGCCGUGUGCAGGAGGAGGACCUCAAACGCACCAUGAUGGCCUGUGGCGGCUCCAUCCAGACAUCUGUAGGGAACAUGACCGAUGACAUCCUGGGACAGUGCGAGCUUUUUGAGGAGGUGCAGGUCGGAGGGGAGAGGUAUAACUUCUUUAAGGGCUGCCCCAAAGCCAAAACGUGCACAAUCAUUCUGAGAGGAGGAGCUGAGCAGUUCACAGAGGAGAUGGAGCGCUCCUUGCAUGAUGCCAUCAUGAUCGUACGCCGCGCCAUCAAGAAUGACUCAAUCGUCGCUGGAGGAGGGGCUAUUGAGAUGGAGCUGUCAAAAUACCUGCGGGACUACUCCAGGACCAUUCCGGGCAAACAGCAGCUGCUGAUUGGAGCGUAUGCCAAAGCUCUGGAGGUCAUUCCCAGACAGCUGUGCGACAACGCAGGCUUCGAUGCCACCAACAUCCUCAACAAGCUCCGGGCCAAGCACGCACAGGGCGGAAUGUGGUACGGCGUGGACAUCAACAAUGAGGACAUCACUGAUAAUUUUGUGGCGUGUGUGUGGGAGCCGUCCAUUGUGCGCAUCAAUGCCCUGACCGCGGCCUCUGAAGCUGCCUGCCUCAUACUGUCUGUGGACGAGACCAUCAAGAACCCGCGCAGCAGUGUAGAUGGUCCAGCCAUGGGAGGGGGAAGGGGCCGCGGCCGCGGCAGACCUCACGCACACUGAGGGGGCAAAAGUCCCUCCAGUGUAAUAUGGGGAUGGACUGUAGUGGACAUUUCCUGUUUGUUUUUUUUUUUACUGUUGUCGGGGUGAUGGGUUGGGCUGGUUGCACCAGAUUCUCCAGUGUAGCAGCUCCGGUCUGUCCUGUCCUCUGUACAGUCUUCUGUAUGGUCCUCUGCUCAGACACUGGGUUGUGUUCAGAAGAGGGUGGGUCGGAGGUGCCUGUUCUUCUGCUGUGUACAAGUAUUUAUUUGACCAAUGUCAUUAAUAAAGUCACAGCUCAAA